GGCCAGGAGCAAGCCGGCUGUGAAGGAGAAAGGCCAGAAUAGGCUAGCUGCCCCAUCUCCCCACCCCCUACUUGGGGGUAUCUCUCUCUUAAGUCUGUGCGGGUGGCAGCUUCUACCUGGAGAGUCAGGCAUUUAGGGCACUCUAGAAACUGGCCUGCAGGGUGGGCCCGGGUCAGAGCUUCCAGAAGGCCCCAUGCCAGGGCUGUGAACGGGCUAGGGACAGCCUGAGCAGGAGAUGGCAGGGCCAGGCAGGGGAGCUCAGCUCAACAGGCACCUCAACUUCCUCCCUCCCCCGCCCACCCGCGCCCUCCCUCCCCUGGCGCUCAGGGCUGUUUUUCAACUCGCUCAGCAGCGCGCACACGCGCCAUCCCUCUGGGUCUCCUUUCCUCUUUCCUGGAGUUAAACUUUUCCUGAAGGCGCUGCCAUCAGCCCCAGGCCCUGCCGGCCUCCAGCGGGGUGCAGAGAAGCCAGGGAAGUGUAGAGAGCUUCCAGAGGAACAGCAGGCUAGCAGCGAUCCGCCGAGAAGCACAGGCUUAGAGCCCAGGCCUACUGAGGACAAAGCCACUGGUGGCCCCAGCCAGUCCCAGAAACAGAGAACUUGACAGGGGAUAGACACCUGCAGCACUGCUUCACCGUUUCAAGACGCUUCCUCCCCUGCAGAGGCGAACAUCUCUCAUUCCACAGGAAGUCCUCAGGCCAGUCACCGGAGGGGCUGAAAUGACAAGAUCCUGCCAGCCAGCCUAUGCUCCCUCCUAGUCCUCCCUAGGAAGCAGCGAUCGUUUCCUACUUGUCCCUGUGGUGCAUCACCCAUCCCCACCACCAUGGCGGCCCUCAUCGCAGAGAACUUCCGCUUCUUGUCCCUCUUCUUCAAGAGCAAGGAUGUGAUGAUCUUCAAUGGGCUGGUGGCACUGGGCACCGUGGGCAGCCAGGAGCUAUUCUCCGUGGUGGCUUUCCACUGCCCCUGCUCGCCCGCCCGCAACUACCUAUAUGGGCUGACGGCUAUCGGUGUGCCUGCCUUGGCACUCUUCCUCAUUGGCAUCAUGCUCAACAACCACACCUGGAAUCUGGUGGCUGAGUGCCAGUACAGGAGGACCAAGAACUGCUCGGCUGCCCCCACCUUCCUCCUCCUGAGCUCCAUCCUGGGCCGUGCGGCUGUGGCCCCUGUCACCUGGUCUGUCAUCUCCCUGCUGCGUGGCGAGGCCUAUGUCUGUGCUCUCAGUGAGUUUGUGGACCCUUCCUCACUCACAGCCAGAGAACAAGGCUUCCCAUUGGCCCACACCACAGAAAUCCUUGCAAGGUUCCCCUGUGGACAGGGCCCUGCCAACCUGUCAGACUUCCGGGAAGAAGUCAGCCGCAGGCUCAGGUAUGAGUCCCAGCUCUUUGGGUGGCUGCUCAUCGGUGUGGUGGCCAUCCUGGUGUUCCUGACUAAAUGCCUCAAGCAUUACUGCUCACCACUCAGCUACCGCCAGGAGGCCUACUGGGCGCAGUACCGCACGAAUGAGGACCAGCUCUUCCAGCGCACAGCUGAGAUGCACUCCCGGGUGCUAGCUGCCAACAAUGUUCGGCGUUUCUUCGGCUUCGUGGCACUCAACAAGGAGGAUGAGGAGCUGGUGGCCAAGUUCCUUGUGGAAGGCACGCAGCCACGGCCGCAGUGGAACGCCAUCACUGGUGUCUACCUGUACCGUGAGAACCAGGGCCUCCCACUUUAUAGCCGCCUGCACAAGUGGGCCCAAGGCUUGACCGGUAAUGGCAGUGCCCCUGAAAACCUGGAGAUGGUCCAGCUUACCUCCUGAGGGCCCGGUGCCCACUCUUGCCAAUAGUCCUAAACUGAAAUUCUAGCCUGUUUACAUCAGCAGAGGGGCUUUUUUUUUUUUUUUUUUAAAUUAGUAUGACUUGGAGGGAAAAACAGGCCAGGAGAAAGAUAUGGAGUACAGACAGCAGACCAUGUGCUCAGCUCUGAGAGCAAGGCCUAUGGAACCACAGAAUCACUUUCCUGUUGGUCACCAAUUUUGGAGAAACUGAUGUGAGCAUGUCCUGAGAACUCCAUGGCUGGGGAGCACUAGCCAGCAAAACCAAGUGACAGGAAUGCCCACUGGUCGACUCUGGAUGUGACUUGGUACAGUUAACUUGCGUCUGACUGUAUUGUCUCGCCAUUGGGGAUAUGCCUUCCAGUGUGUACCUCUGGUUUUAUUUUAUCUAUUUACACUUUUGAUAAAGCUUUUCCUUUUGGAAGAAAA